AUGCUCCUGCUCUUCCAAAAGAUUGUUCCAUAUCUCAGACCUCAAUUCUACGCCCUGCCUAAGAAAACCAUCGUAUCUCAUAAAAUGCACCUCCACAUGUCUAAUCUCGACAACUCAAGAAGAAGCUAAACUCAAGUUCCUAUCACAGCAUUAGCCCUCUUCUUAACACCAACAAGUCGCCUCAGAAACCGAAGACUGUUUUCACAUACCUUUGAAUCUAACCUAGAAUGGUAGUGAUAUUGCUCACAGCCUCAAGCUCUUCGCCCUCACGACAAGUAGGGCAACUGCAAUCCGAAUUGAGACCCGCACCACGGCAGCAGCUCUGGAAAUUGCUCAAGCGGUUGGAGAUGGAACUAGCCCUGCAAUCCUCUCCACUGAUGAAGGUUCCUUGGUUUUGGCUGCAGCAAAACUGGGUUUGGCCGAUGUUGUUUGCGCCUCCAUUUGGAUUGACGCACUUGCAGGCGCUGAUGAGGAGGGGUGA